AUGACCACACAUUCUAAAGGGAAAGCCAAGGUUGGCAAGAGUGUUUGGGAGGACCCUGCUAUUGCCCUUGGACGAGCUCACAAUGUCAUUACUGACGACGAGCUUAAGGGUCUCUCAUCUAUCCCUUCCCACAAACUGGUCAGCCAUCAUAUUCACAAACUAGUGCAGGUUCUUGGUGAGUCUCUUCAUUUGAUGACAGACUACUUGAAUAGCGAGGAGAAGGUAGUAAUGGCCAACUCAAAGAUUGAUUCCAUUGAGGCUGAGAGCUCAAAGUUGAGGAAGGAUCUAAUUGAAGCUAUGCACCAAUCGAUAAAGGACAAGGAGAAGGUAAAGGAACUGAAGAACUGAAGGUUAAGAGAAAGCUUGUCAUUCAGAAAGACGAGGAAGUUCAAGCUGCCCUCCUGAAAAUGGAUGAGGAAUGUGAGAAAGUGAUUGCCAGGUUCUAGGAGUCUGAUCGCUUCUCUGAUAUUCAGUUCAAGCAGUACUUCAAGCGCUUCGUGCUUCUUCGUAGGUGGAUGAUGAAGCACCAUAACCAUGUAGCAGAUUUUGUAAAUCUAGACUUUAAAGCUAUUGAUACUGAGAUCCUUGCUGACGAGGCCAAUGAGAAGGAAGGUGAAACCAUUGCUAAAGCUACUAACAUUGUUGAAGGAGAGGGUGUUGCUGUAGGAGGAGUUACU